AUGGAUUUGGUCAUGGGAAAAGGAAAGAAAAAAGGGCUGAUCAACAAGACAUGGGAGCGCUGCAAAUCCAUUGGGGGUGGCAGCAAGAGCUCCGGAAUUCGACCUGUUCUGACCAAGAAAAGUAAGUCAUGGCCUCGUAUUGACAUCAGAGAAGAUGAAGAGAAGCCCGUAAAAAAGCAUCGAGUUGCUCCAGAAGGUUGCUUCUCGGUGUAUGUGGGAACACAGAAACAAAGGUUUGUGAUCAAGACAGAGUACGCCAAUCACCCUCUCUUCAAGAUGCUACUCGAAGAAGCCGAGUCAGAGUACGGUUACAACAGUGAAGGCCCUCUUGCACUUCCCUGCGACGUUGAUCUUUUCUAUAGGGUGUUGGUGGAAAUGGACUCCUGUGAUCAGAAUAAUCAAGGUGGGUGCACCUUUGCUAGGUCUUCUAGGUCCUAUCGUCUUCUCACUCCGUCUAGAUUGGUUGCCAUGAAUAGUUAA